ACUUUGAUAAGAGGAUGGAUGACAAUCUGGAAACGCUGACGAGAAAAUUAUUGAAUAUUGCUCAUUCUCGGUAUGCAUGGCAAAUUAAAUAUGAUAACCCAGCACUCCAACUUCGAAAGCGAUACUCAAUUUCAAAGUCAGCUGGUAAGGUUAAAAACCAUAAGCAAUUUCUCCAUUAGACACCUACCUUCACCAACGAGUGCCCGUUCUAUGGCUACCAGGAAAAAUUCAGACCCAUCUUUCUCUUCAUCAUCAUCCGCACCACAAUGGAAAUAUGAUGUUUUCUUGAGCUUUAGAGGCGAAGAUACCAGGAAGAAGUUCACAGAUCAUCUUUAUACUGCUUUAAUCCAUGCAGGAAUCCAUACUUUCAGGGACAAUGAUGAGCUUCCUAGAGGAGAAGACAUUUCUUCUAUAAUCUCAAGACCAAUUCAAGAAUCAAGAAUUGCUAUUGUGGUCUUCUCAAAAGGCUAUGCUUCCUCCACCUGGUGUCUCGGUGAACUUUCAGAGAUUCUAGCGUGCAAAAGUGCCAUUGGUCAACUUGCUGUCCCUAUCUUCUAUGACAUCGAUCCCUCCGAUGUUAGAAAACAGACAGCAAGUUUUGCAGAAGCUUUUAAGAGACAUGAAGAACGGUUUAAGGAAAAUAUUGAGAUGGUCAACAAGUGGAGAAAAGUUCUCGUGGAGGCUGCAAAUCUUUCUGGAUGGCAUCUCCAAGAAAUGGAAAAUGGACACGAAGCAAAGUUUAUUGAAAAAAUGGUUGAAGAUGUUUUACAUAAACUGAACUGCAAAUACUUGACUGUUGCCUCAUACCCAGUAGGUAUUGAUUCUCGAGUUAAGGACGUAGUUUCCAUGUUAAGUGUUUAUACAGAUGAUGUCCGAACAGUGGGCAUAUAUGGGAUGGGAGGUAUAGGGAAGACAACCAUAGCAAAGGCCGUAUUUAACGAACUUUGCAAUGAAUUCGAAGGAAGUUGUUGUCUUUUGAAUAUCAAAGAAAUCUCAGAACAACCCAGUGGUCUUGUUCAAUUACAAGAACAACUCAUUUCUGAUCUCAUACAAUCAAAAACCUUUAAGAUUAAUAAUGUUGAUAGAGGAAGCGCUCUGAUCAAAGAAAGACUUUGUCACAAAAGAGUUCUUGUUGUUCUUGACGACUUGGAUCAGUUGAAACAACUAGGAGCACUGAUGGGAGAGAGAAAUUGGUUUGGCCUUGGAAGUAGAGUAAUUAUUACAACAAGAGACGAACAUUUGCUAACUCAACUUCAAGUGCACAAUAAAUAUCUUGUUGAAGAAUUGAAUCAUGACGAGUCCCUUCAGCUUUUCAUUGCACAUGCCUUCAAGGAGAAUCGUCCAACAGAAGAAUUUCUGGGGAUUUCUAAAGGUGUAGUUCAGUAUGUUGGAGGACUUCCACUGGCUCUUGAAGUUUUGGGUUCUUAUUUGUGCAAAAGAAGCAUAGGUGAAUGGAGAAGUGGUAAGAAAUUAAAAAAAACUCCACACCAUCAAAUUCAGAGAAAACUUCAAAUAAGUUUCAAUGCACUCGAUGAUGAUGAUAUAAAGGGUAUAUUCCUUGAUAUCACAUGUUUCUUUAUUGGUAUGGACGUGGAUUAUGUUUCAAAAUUACUUGAUGGCUGUGGUUUCCACUCUAGAAUUGGUAUUGAGGUUCUAAUGCAGAGAUCACUUAUAACAACUAACUGGUAUAAUAAGUUAAGGAUGCAUGAUCUAUUACGAGAUAUGGGAAGGGAGAUCAUCCGUGAAAUGUCACCUGACCAUCCAGGAAAACGCCGCAGACUUUGUUUUCAGAAGGAUGUGCUGGAUGCACUCAGGAAAAAGAUGGGAACAGAAGCAGUGGAAGAUAUAACUAUUGAUUUACAAGCAUCGAAAGAUGUAGUUUUGAGCACAGAAUCAUUUGCAGAGAUGAGAUGUUUAAGGUUGCUCCAAAUGAAUGCAGCACAUGUCACUGGAUGCUAUGAGCAUUUUUCCAAAGAGUUGGCAUGGCUAUGUUGGCAUCAAUGCCCUUUGAAAUCUUUACCGCAAGAUUUCCAGCUAAACAAUCUAGUAGUUCUUGAUAUGCAGUACAACAACAUCAGAGAAUUCUGGAGGGGAUCAAAUUUCUCAACAGGCUGAAAAUCCUCAACCUCAGCUAUUCUGUGCACCUUUCUACACCACCGCACUUCAUGGGACUCCCUUGUCUGGAGAGAAUUAUACUUGAAGGUUGCACAAGUUUAGUUGAGGUUCAUCAAUCUAUUGGACAUUUGGAUAGCCUGACUUUGUUGAAUCUGGAGGGAUGCAAGAGUCUGAAGAAUCUUCCAGAAAGCAUUUGCUACUUGAAAUGCCUUGAAAGUCUAAACAUUUCCAGGUGCAUAAACCUUGAGAAAUUGCCCGAUCAGUUGGGUGAUAUGGAAGCCUUAACCAUGCUUCUAGCAGAUGGAACUGCAAUUGAGCGACUACCAUCUUCCAUUGGACAUUUGAAGAACCUCAGUAAUUUAUCGUUGGGUGGAUUCAAAUAUGACUUAUCAUCAGUAUCUUGGUUUUCACAUAUUUUACCUUGGCUUUCACCAAGAAUUUCAAACCCCAGAGCUUUGCUUCCAACUUUUACUGGCUUAAACUCAUUGAGAAGACUAGAUCUGAGUUACUGUGGUCUAUCUGAUGGGACAGAUCUUGGGGGGUUAUCCUCACUUCAAGAAUUGAAUUUCACGAGAAACAAGCUCAAUAAUCUGCCUAAUGGCAUAGAUAGACUUCCCGAGCUACAAGUAUUGUGCCUGUACCAUUGUGCAGAUCUUCUAUCAAUCUCAGAUCUUCCCUCAACUUUGCACUCUUUGAUGGUGUAUCAUUGCACAUCCAUAGAAAGAUUAUCUAUUCAUUCGAAAAACGUACCAGAUAUGUAUCUAGUUAAUUGCCAACAACUAUCUGAUAUUCAGGGUUUAGGAAGCGUGGGAAAUAAACCACUCAUUUAUGUUGACAACUGCAGCAAACUGGCAAAUAAUUUCAAGAGUCUUCUUCAGGCAUCGUUCAAGGGCGAGCAUCUUGACAUUUGCCUCCGCGACAGUGAGAUACCGGAUUGGUUCAGUCAUCGUGGAGAUGGAUCAUCGAUAUCUUUUUAUGUACCAGACAGUGAAAUUCAAGGAUUGAUUGUCUGGAUUGUCUGCGGAGCUAGCGAAAGAAGACUUCCCCUACCUUACGCUUCUGCCACGAUUAGAAAUAAGAGCAAAGGUGUUCGAUUGUUUCAUUGGUCAACAUUUAUCCCGCUAUAUUAUUCAAAACCUGCAUAUCAUUCUUGGGUGAACUAUGUAACAUUUAGUCGGCUUCCAUGUGCAAUGGAAGGUGGAGAAGUAGUGGAACACUCUGUCAAAAUAACCAAUGGCGUUGUUGUGGACAAGUGUGGCGUCCAUCUGAUAUCAAAAGAGUGAGAUAUAGUUGUUAGCCAAGCAAUUCUGAUACCAUGCACCUCACAGGUUGAAAAUCUUGUCCACGAAAGAUUUUGAAGUUUCAGCAUGAAUCUGCUGUUAGCUGUAGAUUUUACAAGCUUUUUUCUCUCGAGGUGCCAGAUUAAGUUGAACAACAACAACAACAACAAAGCCUCAACCAACCCCAAAGUUGAGAAAAUCAUUAAGGAAGAAUGUUAUAGAAAAAAAAGAAAUUGUAUGUGCUUUCCAUAGUCUCAUUGCCGAAAGGUUUUGGCUACUUGUGAGAACAAAUUUGGAUCUGCCAUGUUCGAAACCAAGGACACUUUUUAAUUAUAAGUUGACAGGAUCCAUAGUAUUUUGUUAAGUUUCAUUCCAGGUACUUGGAAACAUGCAGAAUAAAGUCUAGGAUUUGUCCAAAGCCGAUUUGUCUAUUGUGGAACUGAGCCUGAAUCACAGCUAUUAAAAAACUAUAUCAUCAUGUCAUGAUCAGGGAUGGCUUUUUUAAA